CUAAGGGGCCGGGAGUAGCGGCGCCGGAGCAGACGGCUGGAAGCGGCGGCGGCCGUGGCUGUGUGCCUGUCGGGCCCACAGGCCAGCUCAGUAGCAGGUGGAUCCCAACAGUGGCGCUUUGCUGAGGACUGGCAGUUACUCCUGGCUUGAAGAACAAGUGACAUUGGCUCACCAUGAGUGCGAUGCUGGAGACGCCGGAGCUGCCCGCGGUGUUCGAUGGGGUGAAGCUGGCUGCAGUUGCUGCGGUGCUCUACGUUAUUGUUCGCUGCUUGAAUUUGAAAAGCCCAACUGCCCCUCCUGAACUCAUUUACCAGGACUCUGCUUUGUCUCGUUUUCUACUCAAAUCCUGCCCACUUUUGACCAAAGAGUACAUUCCACCUCUGAUCUGGGGGAAGAGUGGACACAUCCAGACUGCCCUCUAUGGAAAAAUGGGGAGGGUGAGAUCCCCACAUCCCCACGGACACCGCAAGUACCUCACCAUGCCAGAUGGAGCCACAGCCACCUUUGAUCUCUUUGAGCCCCAGUCUGAGCACUGCAUUGGAGAGGAUGUGACCAUGGUGAUCUGCCCCGGGAUUGCCAACCACAGUGAGAAGCAGUACAUCCGCACCUUCGUCGACUACGCCCAGAAGAACGGCUACAGGUGUGCUGUGCUCAACCACUUGGGAGCCCUGCCAAACAUUGAGCUCACUUCUCCACGCAUGUUCACCUAUGGUUGCACCUGGGAAUUUGGAGCCAUGGUUAAUUACAUCAAGAAGACCCACCCUCAGACCCAGCUGGUGGUUGUGGGCUUCAGCCUGGGUGGAAACAUUGUGUGCAAAUACCUGGGAGAGAACCAGGCCAACCAGGAGAGAGUCCUCUGCUGCGUCAGUGUGUGCCAAGGGUACAGUGCGCAGAGGGCCCAGGAAACCUUCAUGCAGUGGGAUCAGUGUAGGAGAUUCUAUAACUUCCUCAUGGCAGACAACAUGAAGAAGAUCAUCCUCUCCCACAGGCACGUUCUCUUUGGAGAUAACAACAUGAAGAAGCCACACAACCUGGCAGAUGCUGAUCUGGGCAAGCUCUACACAGCAACAUCCCUUAUGCAGAUUGAUGAUAACAUUAUGAGGAAGUUCCAUGGCUACAGUUCCCUGAAGGAGUACUAUGAGGAAGAAAGCUGCCUGCAAUACUUGCACAAGAUCUAUGUUCCUCUGCUGUUGGUUAAUGCUGCUGAUGACCCUCUUGUGCAUGAGAGUCUGCUAUCAAUCCCAAGAGCCCUCUCAGAGAAAAGGGAAAAUGUCAUGCAUGUGCUGCUCCUUCAUGGAGGCCACCUGGGAUUUUUUGAGGGGUCUGUGCUAUUCCCAGAACCUCUUACCUGGAUGGAUAAGCUGGUGGUACAGUAUGCCAAUGCCAUCUGCCAGUGGGAGAAGACAAAGUCUCACUGCUCAGACACAGAGCAGGCUGUAUCUGGCCAGGAGUAAUUGACUCAAAGACUCUGGAUCACUUCAGUAUAUCUCCCCCUUUGGGAACAUCUUGUUCCUUCACCUGCUGCUUCAGGUUUCCAUUCUCCUUGGUAUCCUAUGGCUGGGGUUUGAUCACAAUGUUUUCUGACAGAGUGGAGCUCAGCAGAGUUUGAGGUCUGCACGGAGCAUCUCUGCAUCAGCAGUCACUUGGGUUAGUAACUUGCUGCUCUGCUUGCAGGAUUAGAUUGACUGUGACUUGUUCCAGGGUCGUUGAGCUGAAGACUGCUUGCUUUCAGGUGUCAAACCUCUUCACUCACUGGUCCCAACCUCGACCUGCAGAGUGUGUUUAGGUAUAGAUGAGAGGGUGACUGUGGCUCUGUCCUGCCCUGCUGCUGGAAAGAAACCCUGUACUAAGCCACAAGCCACUCAGUGCUUGUCUGCAGGCCACUAAAAUGUGUCUUGGAGAAAAAUGCUUGGCUGUGAGUGGGGUUUCAGCCUUGCACUAUCUCAAGGGAAGCUUUUUGGUUCCUAGGAAGCCACUUAAACAGUAAACCAGUUUAAAAACA